GUAGUAAACAAACACACGUGCAUUACUUCUAAACGUCACUAUUAUUUUUGUUUUCUAAAAUCAGAACGUAUAAUUUCAUUAAAAGUUCAAAUAAAUCAAAAUAAUGGCAACAAAAACACUAAAACGAAAAGCGCCUACUGCGAAUCCUAAAGCGAAGGCCAUUGAACAAAAAGAAGACAUUUCCGAGGAGGAAAACGAUUCAGAAACAGAAGAACCCAGUGGAAAUGCUGGCUGGGCCGAUUCUAUAGCUAAGGUACUAAAUACAAAUAAACCCAAGACAAAAAAGUCUAUCGUCCUGUCGAAAGCGAAAAAGAUUGUGCCCAAAACAAAAGAUGCCACUGACGCGAUUAGUUUUGAAAUCGACGGUGAAAUCAAGGAGGAAAAACCAGACAAAGAAGCUAUUGACCAGCAAGCGAAGAAGCUAAAGAACCAACUGCUGGCGCUGAGAGUUAAACCAUCCUCAGAUGAAUUUGAACGAGAACGUGCUCUGCGAAAAAUAGCUACAAGGGGUGUGGUGCAGCUCUUCAAUGCUGUUCGCCUGCAACAGAAAGAUAUUGACCAGCAAUUGAAGGAAGCCGGCAAAUUGGACUCAAAGAGAGAAGCAGUGCUAAAUAACAUCGAUAAAAGGAAGUUCUUGGAUGUGUUGAUGGGUGGAAAACGAGCCAAGUCUGAGGCAAUUGAUAAUCCUGUGAAGAUUGAAGGUGGAGAUGACGACGACGAUGAUGAUGAUGAAGUUGAUGAAAGUGCAAAUAAAAAAGGCUGGAGCGUUUUACGGGAUGACUUUAUGACAAAUAAGAAGAUAAAACAUUGGGACGAGGAGGAGAGCAAGGAGGAGGCAGCGGAUGGUUCUUCGGGUGAUGAAGAUUAAGUUUUUUUUUUUAUAUAUAUACAAAAUAAAUGUUACGAAUAGGCCUGCUUAAGA